AUGCUAGUAUUGUAUAUACUUCUGCCUAUUCCAACGGCAUUAUCAGCGGCCUUCGACAAAUAUCUUCUUGCAGGCGAUCUCGUGCGUUCUCUGGAUGAUUGGGAACGAGCGCUCUUGCGUGAUUUUGUACGAGGCAAAGGACGUGGCAGUGUUUCAAGGAUUCCCGUCGAAUUGCUGAAUGAACCUCCACCAGCACUCGACGCAAUGCAGGAUGAUAGCAUUGUUUCUCUGAUAGCUCCACCAGAAUCCGCCUUACGAGCCGGUCCAAUGAUGGGUUUUCCUCGGGAUGCGCUGCGGUCACUUUCAAUUUCGCCUAAAAAACUUGAGCCCUCUCGAAUGCGAACAAAUAAGGAAGAUCGAGAAGUGCCUUCUGUGAUUUCACCGGCUUCAAAGAUGAAACAAAAAUCUCUGAUUUCGACUCAAUCCAGAGUUCUACAGAAGAAAAUUAAACCUCCUCUAGAAGAACCGACCCAGGAAACCUUUAAGGAACUUUCUGGACUAUUACAGUCUUUCAUCGAUCGUCGAAAGCCACUACUUCAACGAGUUACUAUUUCUCCACCUUCAACUCCAGUUCCAGCACGAAAUUGGGCUCAUGAAGAAAAGGAUGAGGAUUCCACAGCGAGCAGUUCGCUGAUGGAUCAAUGGGAGACAAUGAAUCCUGAAGAAGAAACUGGAGAUGUAGAGGAAAUCGAACAAAAAGAGAUGGAAGAUGAGCCUGAUUGGGAAUCAAGAAUGCGCGAGCUCAGCGGACAACUUAGCGCCAUCCUCAUACAAAUAAAAAAGGCGAAGGAGAGUCGAGCUGUUAAGUACGCGACCGCACCGGAAAAACCCAAGCCAAAGGUGACGAUACUGAGAACUGGUUCCGCUAAUCAAACCAACGACGGUCGAUACAACUUUGUCGCGACAAUCACAUUGGUACAAGAUAACGGAAAGAAUAUACUUGUAGAUACUGGGCUAGGGACGGAUAUCAAUGGCAGAACUCAGUUAAUGAGCGCACUGGAGAAACAAAACGUGGGGGUGCCUGACAUCCAAAUAGUGGUGACCACACAUGGUCAUCCAGAUCAUGUUGGUGGAGUGCACGAUUUUCCGGAUGCGAUCCACUAUCAAGGAUGGUACAUUCACCAUCGGACCAUGUUCAAUCUUAGCAGUCUUUUUGAGGGUGACCGACAUGUAUUGACUGAUAACGUUCACCUGAUGAGGUCAAAUGGACAUACUUCAGAUGACAUUGCAGUGAUUGUGAUGGACGAACAAACCAUGGGAAAGGUUAUUAUUGCAGGCGACACGUUCAUGAGGCGCGAAGAUCUUAACUAUCCAAUGAUGUGGCAGCCAUUAAGUGCAAAUGAAACGGAACAGGCGAAGUCGAGAAGAAAUGUAAUUUGUGAAGCCGCUUGGAUUGUUCCAGGACACGGUGCACCAUUUCAGGUGACGCGACAAAUGCGUGCACAGUUUCACUGCUAA